AUGGACUGUUUGUCACCGGAUGUACGAGAGGAAUACCAACACUUUAUCAAUGUGGUAUAUGCAUUCCUUACAUACGAUUACGAUGGUUCUAUCGAUGCGCAGCGGAUCUACCGAUCUUUCACGCUUCUGUCAGAUGACGACAAAGCACUGCUCAUCGAGAAGCCAGCAGCGCGGGUGAUGAAGAUAAUACACGCCCUGCUGGUUAAUCAAAACUUCAUACAUACAAUGCUCAGUGCACUUUGUAGCCAAAAUGUUCAGUUUGAUGAUGAAGUUGAUGAUCCCAUGUCGCCGGAUGGUGGCAUGAAACGUGUUAAUGUUGGAAAGGAAAAGAAAAUAACCAUUUUAGAUAACCUCAGACGCAUAGUAAGAAAUACACCAUUCUGGAGAGUACCUCCAGAAGUGAAAGAUGAAGAGAUCGUGCCGACAUCAAAUCAUGAAGUGCUUACGAGGAAUAUGAAUUGGGUAAGAACGACUUUACGUCAAUUUGUAAGGGACUGGUCACACGAAGGAGCCACGGAGAGAGAUCAAACGUUCACGCCGCUUUUGCAAAGUUUACGGCGGCAUGUGCCUAUCAAGGAUGCUACAAGACCCCCAAAGGUCUUAUGCCCAGGAUGCGGAUUGGGCCGAUUGCCUUAUGAAGUAUUAUGCCUUGGUUAUGAAAGUCAGGGCAAUGAGUUUUCAUCUUUCAUGUUAAUAGGGUCAUAUUUUGCCACGAAUUUCAUGCACCAAAAGAAUGUGUUUACAUUGUAUCCGUAUUGUCUAUCUACAAGCAAUCGAGUGAAUCACGAAGAUCAAAUGUUUUCAUGCCGCCUACCGGAUGCUGCCCCUGCAGAACAGGAAGGAAAUGGUAUGUUUAGCAUGUGCACUGGUGAGUUUACCGAAGUAUACUCUAACGUGGAGGAGCCUUUCGAUGCGGUUUUAACUUGUUUUUUUCUCGACACUGCGAAAAACGUAGUAGCAUAUAUACGAACGUGUGCGAAGGUACUUCGAAAGGGUGGCCUUUGGGCUAACAUUGGACCAUUGCUCUAUCACUAUGCGGACCUUGGUCACAACUCUGUGGAGCUCUCAUGGGAGGAGCUCCGUCGAAUUAUCACGAUAUGGUUCAAUAUCGUCCGUGAAGAGUGGCGCGAUGCCAAUUACACAACGAAUCAACGUAGUAUGAUGAAGACACAGUACAAAUGUAUCUACUUCGAGGCGCUGCGAAACGACGUUGAAGUUUUCGGCCAUUCAAACCCAUUCUAG